GAUGGAUCUAAAAAAAAUCACAUGUUAUCAAUGGCGGCUUCGCCUGAAUCUCCGGUUUCUGUGGAGGGUUCGAAAUUGGAAAAAUGGAACUGUUGUUGUAAUGUUUUGCAUUCAGCUUCGAUUAACUCGCCUUCUUAUAUUGCGUGCUGGGAUGAGAUAGCAAAUUCUCUCAGUUGCUUAAAAGUUUACGCUAAAGAAGCCUUAUAUAGAUCUUUCACUAACCAGGCAAUCAUAGAGCAAAUUCAAUGGUUGAUUGAAAGAUCUUCUCAACUGGAUUUUCAAGACAGAUGUAAUAUUCUGUGUGAUGCCUUUCGGUUUCUAAGAAACUGUUGUGCUGGUUUGAGUAAAAACCAGGAUUCUGUGAUGUCUUCUGGAAUACCAUCUACAGUAAUGAAAAUAAUUCAACAAUGUUUAAGUACUAAGCAGGAAUUAGAUGUAAAGUAUGCCAAAACUCUAGUUUCCACUGGAAUUCAGAUGCUUGGCAAUCUUGUGGUUGAAAAUUUGAACAAUCAACGAAUAAUUUGGCGGAAAUGUUAUCCUAGGUUUUUCAUGUCGAUAAUGCAAAGCCAAUUUAACGUUGCAAAGAACUACGCGUGUAUGAUUAUAUAUAACUGCAUUAAAGAAAGUAAGAGAAGAAGGGACAUGUUCAUAAAGCCAGAGGGAAUUUUGCUUGUCAACACUAUUUUUGAAAUGUGUACAACUGAAACAGAAGACAUUGAAUGGGGUAUGUUUAUCGUCGAGUCAUUGCUGGAGAAUGAGUUAUUUCAAAUGAUGUAUGAUGGCCUCCAGAAAACGUCGUAUAGGGUGUUUUUGUUGCAAUUUGUGGAACAAUUGUCAAGGAGAAGCGAGGUCGCCUCAAGUUCCAUGUCAUUGACAACGGAAAAUGCGAUUUUCUUGUGCAAAGAAUUUGAGUAUAAAAUCAAGAAAAUCUUGCCUGCAGAUGUUGGGUUUGACAUAAAAGAGUCAUCGAACGAGCUCAAAAUGAUCAGCUCAUUAUUACAUUUGCUGUGUCUGUUGUCGUCCUUUCCCGAACAUUACAAAAACCUUCGCUGUAGAAAAAGUUUAUUGGAGACCAUUCUGGUUGCUCUUCGUGAAACGACAAACGAAGAAAACAAAAAAUUUUUUAGUGACUUAACUCAGUUCGUUAACCCAAGUGACCAUGCUGAGAUCUCAAACCAUCCUGCAUUUGCCUUCAAAAAAGGCUUGAUUCAACUUAUUGCUAAUAUGAGCUACAAAAACACAUCAAACCAGAAUGAUAUCCGCCAGUUGGAUUGCAUUCCUUUAUUGCUGAAUCAUUGUAAUAUUGACGCAAACAACCCAUACAUCUGCCAAUGGGCAAUCUUUUGCUUACGUAAUGUUCUCGAAAAUAAUCUUGAAAAUCAGGAGGUUGUAAGAUCUUUGACAAAACUGGGACUCGCUCCUAACAUUCGAUUGGCGGAAUCAGGAUUUGUUGUGGAAGAGACGAAAGACGGAAAAAUUAGAGUCUCUGCAGGAAAGCCAUAAGAAAGUUAAAUUCAGUGAGAUUUAUGAGCAUUACAGGCGAUAUCGACUAUCGCGUUCAAAACUGAUAUACAGCUACGAGUUGUGAAUACCAUGCUUUGAAAACGCUCUUUAAAGUGAACAUUGAACUCUUAAAAUCAUGUGCACAACUAAAAUAUUAAAACGCGUGCACAUAAACAAUUACCGGAAAAGAAAAUUGACGCUUAAGACAAGAGCAAUAAAUCGUUAUACAACACUAGCAAUAUGCCUAUGUAAUAGCAAGGCUCAUCCUCGAAAUUUUUAAAUCCGCUUUGCUGAAAAAAAACACUGUAUUAGAAAUUAACAAGACAAAAGAAAAUACAAAAGGCACAUCUGCAGUGUAAGCUUUGACAA